AUGGCCGCGUGUGACUGUGAGGACUGUGGAAGGCGGUUCGGGGAUGCGCUCUGCCCCCAGCAUCGCUGUCUGAGUGGCCAGUGGCAGUGCAGGAACGGGCUGUGUAUCCCGGACAGCUGGAGGUGUGACGGCGAGGACCACUGCGGGGACUCCUCAGACGAGCAGGGCUGUGCUUCCUGUCCAGAAGGCAUGGUUGGAUGUGAUGAGGGGAAAUGCGUUCUAGAAUCCCUGAUGUGUGAUGGGCAAGUGGACUGCACAGAUGGUACUGAUGAACCUGUCAUGUGUGGGAGAAACUGCUCUCUGGCCAACGGGGGCUGCGAGGGGCAGUGUGGGGACACACCCUGGGGUGUCCGGUGUUCAUGUGCAGCCGGAUGGCGCUUACAGCCCGAUGGCCAGAGCUGUGGAGAUGUGGAUGAGUGUUCAAUGGCAUACAGCCCCUGUGGCCAGCUAUGUCAUAACACGCGCGGCUCUUACUCCUGUGGGUGUAUUCGAGGUUACCAGCUCCACAAUGGCACUGACUGUCAUGUUACAGAUGAUGCUGUUAAAAUUCUUAUUGCAGCAGAUAGAGAACUUGGUAUCCUGGAUCGAGGAACAGGCAUCUAUGAGACACUGGUACCUGUAAAAUCAAGGCCUACUUCUGUUGCAUAUGAUCUAGAGAGAAGCAUGUACUUCUGGGUGGAUGAAGUCUUAAAUGUGUUUGUUCUUGGGAAGCCAAACCCUGCUCCUCUCUAUCCAGAACUUAAAACCAUCAACAGUAUCUCUUUGGACUGGUUCACGGGGCAGUUAUAUUGGGCUAGCAGCUUUGCCAGGGUCAUCUGUGCUGGUUUAAGUGAUGGCAGAGGCUACGUCAGAAUCUUGGAAAAGGAUCUUGUGCCAGAGCAACUCAUCGUGUUUCCUGCAAAGAAGUACUUGUAUUGGGUAAAUCGAGGUGGGAAAGGCCUGAGGACUAUCGAGAUGGCAGGGAUGGAUGGCUCUGAUAGGAAGGUGCUGGCGGUGGUCAGCAUGGAGGAGCCCACAGGACUGACGCUGGACCACGUGGCUAGCAGACUUUACUGGAUCAGUGGAUAUAAAGAGUCCAUAGAGACGGUGAACGUGGACGGCUCUGGGAGGCACACCUUUCCCAAGGUCUUCCGGGAAGAUGAUGAUCCAGUGGGACUGGCCAUAUUUGAGAACUCUUUCUUCUGGGCAAAUAAACUACAGCUGUUUCACACUUCACCCCACACCACAAAGGAGAGAGUGGUGCUGCUAAACGCUUCCAUAUCUGCCUUCUUGGUACUCCACCAAUCCCAACAGCCUAAAAGUAAAUACCCAGCAUAUGUUCCAGGUUCUUGCAGCCACUUGUGUCUUCUCUCCCCCGUCCAUCCCAAGGGCUAUAAGUGUGUUUGUCCAGAGGGGAUGUUUCUUUUACCUUCCGGCACGUGUAGUGAGUUAAAACUAGUGUUUUCCUCUGGCAAACGUCUCUACUUGUUGAAAGUUGGUUUUAUGGGAACUGCUAUAGAGAGAAGCCUAGUUCAAGAGCAUCCAAGGAACAUCUACUUGCUGGAUAUUGACUGGAAAAGAAACCUCAUCUACUGGACAGAUACCCAGGGUCAUCUGUUUCGCUCAACUGGCUACCUGGGGGACAAGCAAGCGAUUUGGACAGAACAUACAGUCUGCUCAGCAAAUGUGGACAUUCCAACUGGGAACUUGUACUGGCUGCCCUGUGACCGAAGUGCUAUUCAGAGGACCAGACUUGCUGGCCCAGACACCCACACCCUGUACAAAACGGGCAGCGUUAUAAUGCAUCUCCUUCUGGACUGGCCAAGGAGGCUGCUUUACUGGGUGGAAAGUGGGGAACCCUUGCAAAGUAUGACCCUUGAUGGCAAAAGCAUACAGACAGUCUGGAGAGGCACUUGGACGGCAGAUACCCACGUAACCUUAGAUCUCGGCUCUUCCAGCAUCCUCUGGACCACCAAAGGGUUAGGGUUGCAAAGUCUGAGUCUCCUAAAAAAUAGAACCUACACUUUGAAUGAGACUUGGAGUGAUGGCAUGAUUGCGGCCCAUGAGCCCUACCUACUGACUCUGAACAGAACCGCUCUCGUGCUAUGGAACAGGAGGAAGCCAGAGCCCUUCCCAGUGUCAAAAGAGGCCUACGUCCAGAAGAUGAUCAUCUUGGCCGAGAACCUGGAGGUUCCAGGCAAGUCUUCCCCGGGGGGUUUUCUUAGAGAUCCAUGUUACCCUGCUCUCCUCAGUGUUCGGCAGGCCUUCUGCCGAACUUGUCCUUGUACUGAAGCUUGUUCAAGUAAGAAUCUAACACAUUUCUCAAAGUUGCUAAACAACACCAGUUCCCGAGUAAUACCCCAAGGAGGGUACACACCCUAG